AGCAGCAGAACCAGUCAUCAUCGUUCCGCCGCGGCUGGGGCCUGCCGUUUUGCUGCUGCCAUUCCAAGUGUAGAAAGAAAAGGAGAGAAAAAACCUCCCUGUUGGAUGCAGCCGCAGUAAAAAGUGGUGUGUGAAAAAGUAGCAAGGAACUUCCAUCGAGGCACGACACUCCCCACAAAAGUGUGUCAUCGACGAGCCCGAGGAUUUACGUCGGAGGCUCUUAAACGGAGGACCAAAUUCCGACGACGACGACGACGGGGGUUUGACACAUUUCGUUCGUUCGAGAGCACCACCUAGUUGAGGAGCCGACCUCCUCCACCCCUCGACUGUGCCCCUCCUCUCUUCGGUGGCGGAGAGAUUUCGCCUUCUGCCACAACAAGCCGCCCCCGGACAGAGGGUCAGAAAGAGCCGGCACGAAACCCCCGCGGAAGAGAGUGCAAGGAAGAAAGUGUGGAGUGUGUGUGUUCUGUUGUUUUACAUCCUAGAUGUUUGGCCGAUUUUCGCAGGCCGCAGUGUCCCUGGUUGUGUCGUCCCGGGUGUUCAAAGCCCUUCCCUAAGAAACUAGUGGAACAGCGAGACCGUUCCACUUCCGGUGGUGGAUCGUGGUAGUGGCAGGGAGCCAAUUUCAGGAAGACCCGACCCGUGAGCUGAUGAGCCAAAAUGAUUCUGCUGGAGAUCAAUAACCGGAUCGUGGAGGAAACUCUGACCGUCAAGUUCAAGAAUGCAAUCGCUGGCAACAAAGCCGAAUCCAUCGAUGUCACCGUGGCGGACUUUGACGGCGUGUUGUUUCACAUUUCCAACAUCAACGGAGACAAAACUAAAGUGAGAGUCAGUAUAUCGCUCAAGUUCUACAAGCAGCUGCAGGAGCACGGCGCGGACGAACUGCUGAAGCGAGAGUAUGGCGACCUGCUCAUCACACCGCCCGAGGACGGCUACAACGUGUCGGUGCUGGUCGACCUGGAGCAGAUCCCCGACAACUGGGAGGAAACGGUGCGGAAGAUUGGCCUGCUGAAGCGGAACUGCUUCGCGUCCGUGUUCGAAAAGUACUUUGACUUUCAGUCCCAGGGCGAGGGUGAAGCCGAGGCGCAGAAGCGGGCGGUCAUCAACUACAGGAACGACGAAACAAUGUACGUGGACGCAAAGUCGGACCGAGUGACGGUGGUGUUCAGUACGAUAUUCCGCGACGAGGACGACGUAGUGUUAGGCAAAGUGUUCAUGCAGGAGCUGCGCGAGGGCCGGAGGGCGUCCCACACGGCGCCCCAGGUGCUGUUCUCCCACCGGGAACCACCGCUCGAGCUGGCCAACACGGGAGCGCGGGUCGGCGAAAACAUCGGCUACGUAACGUUCGUUCUAUUCCCGAGGCACACAUCAAAAGAGACGCGUGAUAACACGAUUAAUCUAAUCCACAUGUUCCGUGAUUACUUGCAUUAUCAUAUUAAGUGUUCGAAAGCGUACAUCCACUCGCGGAUGCGGGCAAAGACGUCGGAAUUCUUGAAGGUGCUCAACCGUGCUCGACCCGAGCCGAAAAAUACGGAAAAGAAAACUAUAACUGGGCGAACAUUUAUCAGAAAGGAAUGAUUUUGGAACUCAUCUGACAUCUAGUUGUUAAAUGUGUAAGUAAAUAUUUACUAAUGAUUAAACGAGAACACACACUCACACAUGCGGACGCCUCUUCCGGUGUCCUGGAGGAAUAUAAGAAAGUGGAAACAAAAGUAAACAGGUGUGCAUGUGGUUUUCCCAAAACUAGAAGAAACCUGGAAACGCUAGCAGAACAAUGAUUGUGCAUAAAUAGAAAUCGAAAAUAGUAAAAAAACAGCAUUUAAAGGUGAAAAAUUAAACCGAAAAAUUAUGAAAAUUGUAACUUGUAAUCAAUACUACUUUCCGGAACAUUAAUUAGGAAGUUUAGCAGUAAAAUUCCUAAAUCGCCGCUGCCAACAAGAAAUAAAAUUUACAGUUAUUAUAAAAGUAAUUAUAAUAAAACCAUUUUUAAAAAAGUUUAAAUAUUUUAUUUAAAUAACGGAACAAAUUGCAAUUAUCUUCGAAUGAAUGAAUAUAAUGGACAGCCUCUAGUGGACUACUAAAGUUUAUAUACCUAAUAGGAAAGCAAUUGGAAAGGAGAUGCAAAUCGUUGCGAGUGAGAGCAGUUGGUGUGGGGCGAACGCGAACGCACUGUUGGAACAACCCUCGUCAACAACCCGUUCUCUUCAGUGUGUCAUGUCAGCCGAUCAGAGAGAAAGGAUAAAAAGAUAAUCUUAGUGAAAUGUUUCGCACAAUUCCGAGAUUAUAUCGCGAACCCCAAAGGGAGAGUAAACGAGUGCGUGUAAAAGCUGAUUCAAAGAGCGUCCCCCCCUAAUCUAGUGUAAAACUAUUUACUAAAAUACUAAUGCUAAGAAGAUAAAGCGAGAGAAACAAAACAAAAAAACUACCAGACUAAACCAAUGUUGUUUAUGAGUAGUCAGUUGCAAUUGUUCAAUGGAGACGUGUAAAGUAAUUUGUUUGCCGACACCCCAAUGCUAACGCAAACGAGAAGUCCGACACUGGAAGAACAGCAAAAUUUGUAAGAAAAAGGUACGUUUUGGAAGGAAAAAUUAGUCAAAAUCAAAUAAAUAGCAAAAAACAUCAUAAAUCCCGAACUGUGCGUAACUUUCCACGUAAAUUACAACAACAAAAAAAAAACGCAACCUAAAGAAAACUACUUAAACGCAAGCAAACGCCGUUGUGUCGCGGGAAACUACAUUAAUUAAGCAAAUCCACAAUUUGGGCAACGUUUCGUGAGCAUGCGUCUUUUUUAUAGCCGCAAGCAAAGCAAAUAAAAACAAGAAAAUAUAUGAAUCGAAAUUGGCUCGGCAGAGAACGUAUGAAGCAAAAACAAAACAAACAAAAAAAGAGAUGAUCAAAACAUGCAAAGAUUUAUUGCUUUGCGAAAAUUAAGCUAGCACUAAACCGAGUUGAGGAGGAGAACACACACAAAAACAAGUGGUUUAUUCGACAACUAUGAACACGAUGAGGAAUAAAUUAAAACUAAUAAAUUGAAACGUGUAAGAUAUAUUGACACUA